UCAAUCAAAUGACAAAAGACUUGACCAUCCUUCUAAAAAUCUAUGAACAUGAAUACUCAACAGAAGAACUUAAAGCGGAGCUGAAUAGAGUACUGGAAAGUAACGCCCAGACAAUAAUUGUAGAGCCAGCAAGAUUGGGAGAAGACACAGUUAGAUGGAUAGCACGCGGAAACCGUCUUAACGAAACAGCUGUUUUGUCUGGUGUGGGAUGUCUUGUUGGUGGCUUAUUCUUGCCUAAUCGGGGAAUCGUGUUCUUACUUAUGGGAUUCACAAGUGUAGUUUGUGCUGGUGUGUAUGCUAUAUCAUGGCAGUUUGACCCGUGCUGUAAAUAUCAAGUCGAGUAUGAUCACAUGCCAGUACCCAAAACUCCUCUACUUUCUUUAACAGCAACUACCCCUGUGGUGUUAGUAAGAAAAGAUGACUAUCGAAAAAAAGUUCUUCAAAGUAUCUUAGCAAUAGCUGCUGGUUCUUUCUGUUUUUAUAAAAUAUAUACAUGGCAUUCAUAACAAAAUUAGA